AUGAGAAAUUGUGUAAGAUAAGUAUUCAGAUCUAAGUAGUAAUUAAGAGGAGCAUGGUCUUAAAAUUAUUUAUAAAGACCAGGAGAAGGAUAAUUAAAAAAUGUAACUAUGCUUCCAGGAGAUGGAAUAGGUCCUGAAAUUACAAGUAUUAUUAUAGUAUAUAUAAAGAAAGUGUUAUGUAAGUUUUUGAUGCUUUACAUGUUCCUAUAAAAUUUGAUGUUUUAGAUAAUUUUAAUUUUGAUAAUGAUGAAUAAAGAAGUUUAUUGAAAAAAAAUGAGUGUAUAUUAUUAGGAGUUAUGACUGAAAAAAAUUAAAAAUAUACAGAUAAUUAUAGGUUUUAUAAAUAUUUAGAUUUAUAUGCAAAUAUAACUUUUGCAUUUUCAGUUGAGGGAAUAACAUAAAGACAUAAUAAUACAGAUAUUGUUGUAAUCAGAGAAAAUACAGAAGGUAUAUUUAUGAUAUUUAGAAUAAUAGGAGAAUAUUCAGGAGUAGAACAUGAAGUUUAUCCUGGUGUUGUAGAAUCAAUAAAAGUAACAACUAAAUAAGCAUCUCUAAGAAUUGCAGAAUAUGCAUUUGAAUUUGCUCAUUUAAGUGGAAGAAAGAAAGUAACAGCAGUUCAUAAAGCAAAUAUAAUGAAAUUAGUUGAUGGAUUAUUUUUGUAAGCUCAUAGAGAAGUAGCUUAAAAAUAUCCUUUUAUAAAAUAUGAAGAAAUGAUUAUUGAUAAUUGUUGUAUGUAAUUAGUAAAGAAUCCAACGUAAUUUGAUGUAAUGGUAAUGCCUAAUUUAUAUGGAUCAAUUGUAUAAAAUGUUGUAGCUGGAAUUACUGGAGGAGUAGGAAUGGCUGCAGGUGCAUCAAUAGGAAAAAAUCAUGCUCUCUUUUCAUAAGGAUGUAGACAUACAGGUAGAGAUAUUGCAGGUAAAAUUUAAUUUAUAAGGCAGGGUAAAAUAUUGUCAAUCCUUCUGCUUUGCUUGUCUCUUCUUCAUUAUUAUUGAGACAUUUAGGAUUACCCAAUUUCGCUGAUUAAAUAUGUAGUGCAGUUUAAGAAACUAUUUAAAAUAAAAAUGUAUUUAUAUUUUAUUAUAUUCUUAAUUAUAGUUUAAAACUAAAGAUAUUGGAGGUAAGGCUAGCACUGAAUAAUUUACAAAAGAAGUAAUUAAAUGCUUAGGCAAAUGA